AUGCCUCCACGCCCGACUUCUUUCUCUGGCCCAAGCGUCAUCAAAUCACGGUCUCGGGAUAGAUACCUCGCGUUCGUUGCGACCGAGACACGCAGUGUUACUAAGAAAGUUUCUCAGACUCUAGAUGCUGCGACGUCGAACACCUGGGCACCGUUGGCUAUAGCUUGCAUGAAUUCGCCUUGCCACGUCUGUCUACCCAGCCCUUUGGCGUCGUCAGCCGGCUCCUUCAGCCUCGCCGCUCCAUUGUUUCGUUUUGCAAUCUUCACGCUAUGGGAGGUCCAGGACGAAUACUGCGUUGAUAAUGCAAGAAUUUUCUAUGAGACUUUGAGGGAUGAAGGGAUUUCAGACGACGUGGUUACAACUACCGAUGGCUCACAAACGGUUAACGAAACUUCAAUAGAUCUAGGUGGUGACAAUAAGGCUUCUAUUACCUCAAACAUGCGGACGGCUGAACUAGUCAGUAGACUGGCAAAGCAAGGGAAUAAAUUGCACCCGCAUUAUUGGGCCCCGUAUGUUCAUUUUGGGUUAUAG